ACGGCCCCUCACAGCUUAUGGUGCGAGUCAAAUCAAAUCCCUUUGAGGAAUGAAUUUUGGUUGAGAAAUUGCGAACCAGAAGAAAAUUCAAGUUCUUCGUGUAACCUAAUCCUUUUGGCUGGGUGCCCAUCUUCUUUUUUUAGUAUUUCUUUUUGUGCCCUCUCAUCUAAACCCAAACCUAAGGGGAGGCGAUCUCAUUGAUUGUUACUCAUGAUGGAUGUCUGAUAAAUAUGUCUUUCUUCGUAGAAUUCUCAUUCAUUUGAUUCCGCGGUUUCUUGGAUUGGAAUCUCUCUGUUUUCAGAGUCAGACCUAUUUGGGUUGGCGUUUUCGACUAGAAUUUCUUUCACGCUCUCUUAAAAGGUUGGUUCUUUUUGGGUGAUUUUGAAGUUUUACAUCUGGGUUAUUUGAUUCUGCAUCAGAGUUAGGGUUUCCCUUAGACAAGUUGAAUUGAUUAAGUUCCCCAAGUGUUGGAAAUUAGUAGCAUCCCAGUCCUCUAAUUUCGUUUUUGAUUGUGAGCAUAUCGUAUCGUCAAGAAUAUACUUCUUUAAUUUGAUCGGGGUUUCAAGUUUGUGGAGUUCUUGGCUGGCUCUAGCAAAAUGAAGGUGCUUGUAUCAAAGUCGGAUGUGAUUGUAAGCAAAUGAGAAUUUCAUAAUGUGUGGGAUAAGAAAAUUGUUUGCCCAUGGAUGCAUCAGACAAACCGUUAACUGAUCUGAUAGGUACGCUGAAAUCUUGGAUCCCUCGGCGGUCCGAACCAGCUAAUGUGUCGAGGGACUUUUGGAUGCCCGAUCAGAGUUGCAGGGUAUGCUACGAGUGUGAUUCUCCGUUUACCUUACUCAAUCGAAGACACCACUGUCGACUUUGUGGCCGAGUUUUUUGUGCCAAGUGCACUCAUAAUUGGAUCCCUGCUAGAUCUAGCACUUCAAGUAUUAUCAGGGAAGAGUCAGAGAAGAUCAGGGCUUGCAAUUACUGCUUCAAGCAAUGGCAGCAAGGCGGAUUAGCUGCCUCUGUUGAUCAUGGGGUCCAGGAUUCCAGCCUGGAUCUCAGCACCUCACCGUCGGCUAUCAGUCUCGUCAGCACCAAAUCUAGCGGCACUGCCGACAGUAGCAGCAUUACUUUUGCAUCUGUGCCACAGUCGGUGUGUUCUUAUCAUCAUAACCAUUACCCUCCUGGACUUGGUUCGCACCAGUCUGUGGUAAUGGAAUCAAAUUUAGAAGAGCAAACUGAACUAGCAACGACGAGCAAUGAACUACUGCUUGAUGUGGGUACUCAGUCUCCUAGCCAUUUUGGGUGUUGCAUCAACAGGGGUGAUGAUUUUGAUGAAGAAUUUGCUUAUCAACUAGCCACUGGUGGAAGAGGUCUUUUGCAGAUUGAUAAUAGCUAUUAUGAUGAAUUACCAUUGGAUGAUAUGGACAACGACUAUGGAUCUCAUAAAGUGCACCCUGAUGGAGAAGCUGCUGAUGCAAAAAGUGUGAGCAGCUCUUCCUUACAAACUAGUUUUGAUUCUAGGGUCUCUGAGGUGGUCCAACCACUUGAAAAAAGAGAGGAUGCACGUGAUGUCAGUGAUGAAUGUGAAGCUCCGUCCUCUUUGUAUGCUGCUCAAGACGUUGCUGAACCUGUGGAUUUUGAAAACAACGGGGUCCUAUGGCUGCCUCCUGAACCCGAGGACGAAGAAGAUGAAAGAGAAGCCCUGUUAUUUGAUGACGACGACGACGAUGGGGAUGCCGCUGGAGAGUGGGGAUAUCUACGCAGUUCAAGCAACUUGGGAAGUGGGGAGUGUCGCAAUAGGGAUAGGUCAAAUGAAGAGCACAAGAAAGCCAUGAAGAAUGUGGUUGAUGGGCACUUCAGGGCUUUAGUAUCUCAGUUGUUGCAGGUUGAGAACCUUGUGGCAAGCGAGGAAGAUGAUAAAGAUAGUUGGUUAGAAAUAAUUACAUCUCUAUCGUGGGAAGCUGCAUCUUUGUUAAAACCAGACACUAGCAAAGGUGGGGGAAUGGACCCAGGAGGAUAUGUGAAGAUAAAAUGUCUAGCCUCUGGGCGUCGCUGUGACAGUGUCGUGGUCAAAGGAGUUGUUUGUAAGAAAAAUGUGGCUCAUCGACGGAUGACUUCAAGAAUCGAAAAACCUCGUUUCUUAAUUCUUGGAGGGGCUCUCGAGUAUCAGCGUGUUUCUAACCACCUGUCAAGUUUUGAUACUCUGUUGCAGCAGGAAAUGGAUCAUCUAAAGAUGGCUGUGGCAAAGAUAGACGCACACCAGCCUAAUGUCCUUUUGGUGGAGAAGUCAGUUUCACGUUAUGCACAAGAAUAUCUUCUUGCAAAGGACAUAUCUCUUGUUUUGAAUAUCAAAAGGCCACUUCUGGAGCGAAUAGCCCGAUGCACAGGUGCUCAGAUAGUUCCUUCAAUUGAUCAUCUCUCAUCACAGAAGUUGGGAUACUCCGAUAUAUUUCAUGUUGAAAGGUUCGAGGAAGAGCAUGGAACUGCCGGACAGGGUGGGAAGAAGCUGGUGAAGACACUGAUGUACUUUGAAGGAUGCCCAAAGCCAUUUGGUUGCACUAUAUUACUCAGAGGUGCCAGUGGUGAUGAACUGAAGAAAGUGAAGCAUGUUGUUCAGUAUGGAGUUUUUGCUGCUUAUCAUUUGGCUUUGGAGACUUCUUUUCUUGCCGACGAAGGAGCCUCACUGCCAGAGCUCCCCUUGAAUUCUUCACUGACUGUGGCACUUCCUGACAAAGCAUCAAGUAUUGACAGGUCCAUUUCAAUCAUUCCUGGUUUUACUACCCCCAUGGCUGAGACAUCUCAAGGUCAUCAAUCCUGUGCUGAGCCACCACAAUUGAACAGUGUCUCCAUGUCAGCUAUGUUCUCUUCUAUAAUUAGCCAAAAGUCUGAAGUAAUACAGUUGUCUGUUGGACCAAAUGCUCCAAACAUUCAAAGUACAAAGCCGUGUUCCAAUACUGGCAGCUCUGCCACAUUCUUGUGCUCUGUUCCUUCUUCAAAAUUGGAUGUUUCAGAAGCUACUGGCCAUGAGCCAGCUCCUUCUAGAGCACCUGGGGAUAUAACACACAGUUCCUCUGAGGUAGUUACUUCUUCAUCCAACAGUGAGCAAGUUGGGGGGGACCGUCAUGUUGGAGAUGGUUUUGAGCCUCCACAGGCACAAAGCUUUCACAAUAGCAAGUGCACAACUAAUGUGGACCAUGGUCCCUCAGAGGGAUUCGAUGGAAGGAACGCCAAGGAGGAUUCUGCUACUUCAAAGGAAGAGUUUCCUCCGUCACCUUCGGAUCAUCAAAGCAUUUUGGUUUCCUUGUCAUCACGUUGUGUGUGGAAGGGAACUGUUUGUGAGAGGUCCCAUUUGUUCCGCAUCAAAUAUUAUGGGAACUUUGAUAAACCACUUGGCCGCUUUCUCCGUGAUGAUUUGUUUGAUCAAGGUUACAGAUGUCGUUCAUGUGAGAUGCCAUCCGAAGCACAUGUACAGUGUUACACUCAUAGACAAGGCACCCUAACCAUAUCUGUGAAGAAGUUGCCUGAAUUUCUCUUACCAGGAGAAAAGGAGGGUAAGAUAUGGAUGUGGCAUAGGUGUUUGAGAUGUCCCCGGACUAGUGGUUUCCCUCCUGCCACUCGAAGAAUAGUGAUGUCAGAUGCUGCAUGGGGUUUGUCCUUUGGCAAGUUCUUGGAGCUCAGUUUCUCCAACCAUGCUGCUGCCAGCAGGGUUGCAAGCUGCGGCCAUUCUCUACAUCGGGAUUGUCUACGCUUUUACGGCUUCGGGAAAAUGGUUGCCUGCUUUCGUUAUGCAUCUAUUGAUGUCCAUUCUGUCUACCUUCCUCCUCAUAAACUUGAUUUCAAAUAUGAGAAUCAGGAGUGGAUUCAACAUGAAGUGGCCGAGGUUGUUUCCCGCUCAGAGCUAUUAUUUUCGGAAAUUCUUAAUGCUCUGAGCCAGAUGGCCGAGAAGAGACAUGUGACAGGGUCAGCUAAUGGUAAUACAAAAAUGCCCCAAUCAAAACGACAAAUAGCCGAUUUGGAAGUGAUGUUACGAAAGGAAAAAACAGAGUUUGAGGAGUUGCUGCACAAGAUUUUAAACCAGGAGGUGAAAAAAGGCCAGCCUAUCAUUGAUAUUCUUGAGAUCAACCGACUGCGGAGGCAGCUUCUCUUCCAAUCUUAUGUGUGGGACCAUCGACUGGUGUAUGCAUCUAGUGUUGAUAGCAAUAGCCCUCGAGCUGAUCUGAAUGAUUUGGAAUCAGAACAUGGAGAUAAGCCCAAUGAAACACUUGUCGAUGCAAAGUUAGCUGCUGAUUCUGUAGAUGGCUGUGAGACUACUACUGUGAAGCUGAUUCACAACCAGGAAAAUGGAACAGGUGUCGAUAUCAGCCAGCCUGAAGGAAUCAGCAAGGAAACUGAAGUGGAUGUAAAUUCAAGUCCAGUAGAGGAAAACGAGUCUGCCCUCUCUGCUGGUAUCAACAACUGUGAACAGUCUGAUCCAUUAAUAUCCAACGUAGGUGUCCGUAGAGCCAUCUCUGAAGGGCAGUUUCCUGUCCUGGCGAGUUUGUCAGACACACUUGAUGCAGCCUGGACAGGUAAUCAUCCAGGAUGUGGGUUCCAAAAGGAUACUGCUUCUGUAUUGUCUGAUUCAGAUCUGACAGACUCUUCAGUGGCUGAUAAGCUGGACAAGGGAGAUCGUGUGGAAGAGCAAGGUGGGACUAAGGCAUCACUUUUAUCUCCUGUAUGGUCUACCAAAGGUUCUGAAAGUAUGGAAGAUUCAACUAGCUGGUUGGGUAUGCCAUUUCUGAACUUCUACCGCUCAUUAAACAAAAACUUUUUAGCAAGUUCUCAGAAACUGGACACACUCAACGGCUAUAAUCCUGUCUACAUCUCGUCCUUUCGACAAUCAGAACUCCAAGGUGGGGCUAGGUUGCUUCUAGCUGUAGGCAUCAAUGACACUGUGGUACCAGUGUAUGAUGAUGAACCCACAAGUAUCAUAUCCUAUGCGUUGCUUUCCCCUGAGUAUAUCGCCCAGGUGUCUGAUGAGUUUGAGAGACCAAAAGAUGGUGAACCUAUCUUUUCGUCACAAUCUGUUGAUUCAGCAGCAUUUCAGUCCUUCAGUAACUUCGAUGGACUGACAUUGGAAUCUUUUAGAAGUUUGGGGGACGAUAGUAUUUUAUCCAUGUCUGGAUCUCGUACCUCUCUAAUGUCAGAUCCUUUGUCACAGACAAAGUCUUUGCAUUCAAGAGUUGAAUUUACAGACGAUAGUCCUCUUGGUAAAGUAAAAUACGCAGUGACUACUUACUAUGCAAAACGAUUUGAAGCCUUAAGGAGGAUAUGUUGCCCUUCUGAAAUGGAUUAUAUAAGGUCUCUCAGCCGUUGUAAGAAGUGGGGUGCCCAAGGUGGUAAGAGCAAUGUCUUCUUUGCGAAAACAUUAGAUGAUCGGUUCAUUAUCAAGCAGGUUACAAAGACGGAGCUGGAGUCAUUCAUAAAAUUUGCUCCUGCAUACUUUAAGUAUCUAUCCGAAUCAAUUGGCACCGGAAGUCCUACAUGCCUGGCAAAGAUUUUGGGCAUUUAUCAGGUCACUAAGCAUAUGAAAGGGGGGAAAGAAACCAAAAUGGAUGUGCUGAUCAUGGAGAAUCUUCUGUUCGGAAGGAAUUUAUCACGGCUUUAUGAUCUUAAAGGAUCGUCAAGAUCACGGUAUAACGCUGAUUCUAGUGGAAGCAACAAGGUUUUGCUGGAUCAGAAUUUGAUUGAAGCGAUGCCAACUUCUCCUAUUUUUGUUGGUAACAAGGCGAAGCGAUUGUUGGAAAGAGCUGUCUGGAAUGAUACUGCUUUUCUUGCUUCGGUUGAUGUAAUGGACUAUUCUUUGCUGGUUGGCGUAGACGAAGAGAAGCACGAACUUGUUCUUGGGAUUAUCGACUUCAUGAGACAAUAUACUUGGGAUAAGCACCUAGAAACAUGGGUGAAGGCUUCUGGCAUCUUGGGUGGUCCCAAGAACGCGUCUCCAACGGUGAUUUCACCCAAGCAGUAUAAAAAGAGAUUCAGGAAAGCCAUGACAACCUACUUUUUGAUGGUCCCUGAUCAAUGGUCUCCUCCUAGCCCUAAUCUUGUACCCAGCAAGUCCCAAACAGAUAUAUGUGAAGAUAACAACAGCCAAAGUGGGAGCUGUGCAGCUGAUUGAUGCUUGCAUUGUAUAUUUUGAGUCUAUAUCCAUUACAUCCCCUUUCUAAGUUAUAUAUAAUUUUUAUUUUUGAGCAGUGGCUUCAUCUUAUAUUUAUUCUAAAAAAGGAUGACAAUUUUUGUGCUGCAAAUGCAAUGGAUAUAUAUUCAUCUGGAGGGGAGGUGGUGUUUUUAGGGGGGUGUUGUAGUAUUGUUUUAUUAUUUGACCUUGCAAAUAUAGCUUUGUAAAUUACUGUCUCAAUAUGUAUAUUGAUGCAUUUGCAUCCGUUGUAGUUGAUAUGUUUUCUAAUCUUUGGAAUAGCCAUC